AAAUACUUCUUAGACUAUUUUUGUGCCUAGGUAGGCACAGCUUGCAAAUUACAACCAUACACUUAUGCAUAGAACAGACUUAAAUUAAGAAAAAAGGAAGUUUUUUUAAAGGCGCCAUUAUUUUCAAAGCUCUCUGUUAAUAAAUGGCAAUGUUUUUAUUUUACGAUGAGGAAUUGAAAUCAAUUGUUUUUACACAUAAUUAACUGUGAUGGAUUGGAUACAUUGUAAUAAUUGUUUUGCACAAUUGGAGCCAAGAAUAACAUUAAAUUUGACAUCAUGUGGUCAUAUGUUCUGCAGCAAUUGUUUGGAAACUGGUGUGGAAGAAAAUACAUGUUUAAUAUGCCGCAUUCCAUGUUCUAUUAUGAAACUUGUUCCUGAUAUGAAACCGGAAAUCCAAGAUUAUUUUACGGACCCGGAAGAAAUAAUUAAAAAGACAUGCGAAGUAUUACAGUUUCAGAGGCAGCACAGACGUAGAUUGUUGUCAUACUUAUUACAAUCGACCAAGAAGUUUUACACAGCCAGAACAGAAUUGAGACGGAUGACGGAGUUGUGUCAGAAGCAGCACAAGCAGCUGAAGGAGUGUCAAAAGACUAUAAAAAACUUGGAGGCUCAACUUGCAGGCCAAACAAAACAGAUGUCCCCAUUCAACAUACCAAUCUCGCCGGGAUCCAACAUUUCACCGAACUUCAUACAAACUACGCCGUGCUACAAAAGGCCUGCUAAAAGCACACCGUACAAUCAAUGUUAUCAGUCAAACUUGUUGACCCCAUCGAGGGUCAGUAAGCAACGCUCCGGCUGCUUCAGUGCCCAGAGUCAGCGCUCCAAUACAUCGAACAAGAUAAGUUCCACCGUGCUCACGCCGCCCACGCCCGAGUCGGCAGGGUCUCAUUUUAGCCACUGCAGUCAAGAGUCUGGCUACCAAUCCAAUGGAUCCCCUUCCGUUUUGUAUUGUAAUGGAUUUAAUAGAAAAUGUUCAUUCAACAAAAACAAGAAUAAGAAUGCAUUCCUGUAAUUUUAGCUAUUAGUUAAUUUCAUUAAUUAUAAUGUUACUGAUUUCUUUGAUUAUUGCUUGCGUUUAGUUUAAAAGCAUGUGUUGUAAUAGUGGUUAUUUCAUUAAAGAAUUUGAUGA